AUGCCUCCCAAGAAGGCUGAGCCCGUUAUCGAUAAUGUCGUCGCCUUUGGAAGGGUUCGCAAGAACCUCAAGAUGGGAUGCGUGGGGUUGCCUAAUGUGGGAAAGUCAAGUUUGUUCAACCUCUUGACUGAGCAGAGCGCUGCUGCGGAGAACUACCCUUUCUGCACUAUUGAGCCCAAUGAGGCGAGAUGCGCUGUUCCCGAUGCGCGAUAUGACUUUUUGUGUGAUCUCUGGAAGCCUCCGUCCAUGUACCCCGCAUACCUCCAGGUCACCGAUAUUGCUGGUUUGAUCAAGGGUGCUUCCCAAGGAGAGGGACUCGGAAAUGCCUUUUUGUCUCAUAUUCAGGCUGUUGAUGGCAUUUUCCACAUUGUCAGAGCCUUUGAUAACGAUCAAGUCUUGCACGUCGAUGACUCGAUUGACCCCGUCCGUGACUUAAACACUAUCCAAAGCGAGCUUUGCAAGAAAGAUCUCGACAUCCUAGACAAGCAGAUCGUUGCUGAGGAGAUGAUUGUCAAGAAAGCUGGCGGCAAGUACAAGAUGCUACCUCUCUUCUACGAGACAACAGCCAAGAUCAGAGAAAUGCUGGAGAAAGAAAAGCCAGUCAGAGACGGAAGCUGGACACCCGCAGAGAUCGCUCUCAUCAACGAAAAGAUUCAGCUCAUCACCACAAAGCCCAUCAUCUACCUCGUCAACCUAACAAUGAAGGACUACCUUCGACAGAAGAGCAAGUACCUCCCGGCCAUUGCCAAGUGGGUCACCGAGCACGGAGGUACUCCCCGUGAUAUCAUCCCCUUCUCCGUCGAGUUCGAGGAGAAGGUCCACAGCAUGAAGGAUGAUCCUGAUGCGCUGGCCGAGUUCUUCAAGGAUAUCAAGGUCAAGUCUAAGCUGGACAAGAUCAUCACUGAGGGAUUUAACAAGCUUGGUCUGCAAUACUACUUCACCGCUGGUGAGAAGGAAAUUCGAUGCUGGACCAUCCCCAGAGGAUGUCUCGCACCUCAAGCUGCUGGCGCUAUCCACAGUGACUUCGAGAGAGGUUUCAUCAAGGCCGAGGUAGUCGCCUACCAAGACUUCUUUGAUCUCUGUGAGGGCAACAAGUCUAUGGGUCCGAUUAAGGCAGCAGGGAAAUACCGCCAAGAAGGAAAAUCCUAUGUUGUCCAAGACGGAGAUAUCAUCCACUUCCAGUUCAAUGUUACAAAGAAAUAG